AGGACAAUGCUGGUGUUUGUGCAACGGCCCCUGAGUGGCGGCUGGCUCUCUCAGAUCGCUCUCGCUUGACUACCAUUGCUGCACGCAUUGUUGAAGUGAAAGGAAAGUGGACAGCUUGAUCCUGUCUGUGGGAUGCACCGACAGAGACAGUGGGAGUGAGAUUAGGUAUUUGGUGUGAGGUACAGCAAAGCAGAAAGGCUGGCCAGAAGACACAGAUCCAACACCAGUGGUUUUGGCCACGACAGAAAAAAAGGGCGUCCACCCCUGCUGUACCGGGGAGAGGAAGGAGAAGAAGGCAGUCCAGUGCUGACACAUUAAGAGAAGCAGUGAGCUUCAUUUGUAGCGUUGGUGGACAGGUAAGAGCUGAGCUACGGUGACAACUUUGGGCUGCGUGCCAAAGUGUGAAGGGGAAGAGGAAGAGGAAAAGGAAGACGAAGAGGAGGAGGAGUAGGUGGAGGAGGAGGAGGAGGAGGAGGAGAGGAGUGGUGGGCCUGGAGCCCAAACGCUAGCAGGAUGGCGGAGAAGAAAGUUAGCCUCCCUGCUAAGCUGAUUAAUGGGGGCGUGGCAGGCCUGGUUGGUGUGACAUGUGUAUUUCCUAUUGACCUGGCCAAGACCCGCCUACAGAACCAGCAGGGCGUCCAAGUCUACAAAGGAAUGCUGGAUUGCCUGGCAAAGACGAUUCGCUCAGAGGGCUAUUUUGGAUGCUACAGAGGUGCAGCAGUGAACCUCACUCUUGUCACACCAGAAAAAGCCAUCAAGCUGGCUGCCAAUGACAUCUUCAGACAGAAGCUCUCCAGGGAUGGGCAUUUGCCCCUGUGGGGGGAGGUACUGGCAGGGUGUGGGGCUGGGACAUGCCAGGUGGUAGUCACCACUCCCAUGGAGAUGCUGAAGAUCCAGCUGCAGGAUGCAGGAAGGCUCGCUGCCCAGAGGCCUGUUCCAACUCCGGCUCAGGCGGCUGCUCCUGGUCCAGCUCCAUCGUUGGUGGCCCCCCCACCAGCACGACCGAGCCAGCCCCCUCGGCCCUCAGCCACCGGCAUCACUGUGGAGCUUUUGAAGACUCGUGGACUGGCAGGCCUCUACAGAGGGGCAGGAGCCACCUUAAUGAGGGAUGUCCCCUUCUCAAUGAUCUACUUCCCAUUGUUCGCCAACCUAAAUGCACUGGGUGUGGAAAAAGUGGGUAAUGUGCAGACCCGGGCGCCAUUCUGGCAGUCCUUUGUGGCAGGCUGCACCGCAGGCUCAGUGGCAGCUGUGGCUGUAACACCAUUGGAUGUCAUAAAGACUCGCCUGCAGACCUUGCAGAAAGGUGAGGGGGAGGACACAUACAGAGGGAUUAUUGACUGCACACGGCGCAUCUUGAGGCGGGAGGGCCCGGCAGCAUUCCUGAAGGGUGCAACGUGUCGCGCUUUAGUCAUCGCCCCUCUUUUUGGUAUUGCCCAGGUUGUCUACUUUCUUGGGGUAGGGGAGGCGGUGUUAGGUUUGCUGGAAUAGUGGGGCUUGGCAGCGGUGGCGGUGGUUGUGUUGUCUCUGUACAAUUUGCUGCUUUAAUCUGCAGUGAAUGACAACUGAGUGAAAGGUGAAUACAGAGAGCCACAAACCAAAAGGAAGAGGAAGGGGGUCUGAAACAUGAGGAGGCUGUAUUUACUAAUACGUGGACCCGAUGUGUUCACACUAAUCACGUUUCUCUAGGUUUUUACAUGCCGUCAGCAGGGUUCCGUAGGUUUAACAGGGUCCUGUGUAUGUGUGUGACUAAUCUGAGGGUCUGUGUCCCAAGUUGUCUGGGUUAUCCCUGUGUGCUUGCUACAAUAUGUCUGUGGCUGUUCCUUUUCCCCUGAGGGAGAUUGUAAUGUGUGGUUGUUAAGAGGGAGCUGCUGCAUGUUGUUUGAGGCUGCUAACUAAAAUGCCUACCGACGAAGAACUGUGCAUCAUCCUAUGUAAGUGACAAAUUCCCCUUUCAAUCUUUAUCAAAAGCUUAAUAUUAGAGUACGUUUGAUGUGAAGAGCCUGCAAUGGGUAUUUGGCUCGACUUCAAACGCCAAUCAUAUAUAUAUAUAUAUUUCAAUGUUUGAUGUGUUCCUCUGGAAAAGGAGCUAGAUCUCCUUCUGCCAACCCUGUUACGCAUUCCUCCCGCCUCCAUCCGUGAGGUCUGAGUUGUAAUCUUGGAUUCCUCCACUGGAUUGGGAGGUGCUGCCUGCCAGUGUCUCUAAGGUCACUUGUUAAUCUGAUGGUAAUGCUUUAAUCUCUGUAUUAGCGUACAAUAUACCCUAACACACCGCUCACUUCCUGCCUACAGGCCACAGGUUAGACUGCUGGGCCUCAAUCUCGUCGCCUUGACUUCCCCUUCUCCACAGCUUGGGAGGGUUUUAAUAAAAACCUGUGAGAAGCCUUUGGCUGGUUUUACUGCUUAGUUACAUAUAAGAACAUGUUGCUUCAAAUGAUGUACGCACAAUAACAAAAAGGAAAAAAUGCAAUUAAAGCCUUAUCAAUGCUGAUAGUUUCUAAAGCAUCAAAACUGUAAGUCUUAAAUGAAUUCAGUGGAAUUGGUGGUGUUGAAACAUUGAUUUGGUACUUGAGUCGAUUUUAGCAAGGACAAUUGUAUUUGUUAGACCCAUGGAGGGAGUAUGGCACCUUGUCUUGCCAACUGUUUGCCAUUACUUAAGUCCAUCGGGUGGCACUAAAAGCAUUUUUUUUUUUUUACAUUUUUAAUGCAAGACACAUUUUGAUGUGGCUAGUGUACCUAGGCUACUACAUUGUCCUCAUUGUAGAGCGAACAUAGCCUGAGUAAACUGUUUGUUUACAAGCUGUAAAUAAAGAUAUCUCAUACAUGUUGA